GCCGAAGUGAGGGUGUGGUAAGAACCACAUUAAGUCUUGAUGUAUCGAAGAUGAGUAACAAAUUGGGUUUCGUACAAUAAUACAGCAGAUAAAUUAAUCACUAAUCGAGACAAUAAUCAAACAUAUAUCUUCUUAAGUUUCUCAAAUUUCAACUCACAAUCUUUUAUAAAAAGGCGGUCCCUCACAGGCUGAGAAACAUAACUGAAUCAAACAUUUAACAAACAACAUGAAGUUUCUUGUACUUUUCGCUGCAUCUCUCCUUUGCGUUCAAGCCUAUAAUAUUCCAUACGGCUUCUAUGAUGAUUCAUCCGAAUCCAGUGAGGAGGAGUACAGUGUGCUUGUCACGGCUAAUAAUCAACCACCAUUGAGCUUACCGGGUGUGGGCAUCUAUAAUCAACCGAUUUUGCAGGCGGUCAAAGUGAAAGUGCCACGCUAUCUUAGUCCGGAAAUCAAACAGCAAAUUAUCACUCAGACCAUAGCUGCACGCGGCUUGACUCUGCAGGAUUUUGCUGCUGCACCAUCACUCCAGGGAGGCUUAAAUAAUGUCGCACCGACUUCCGGUUUGUUCGUACGUCAACAGCGACAGGUUCCGGCUGCGGCUGCUGUGAAUAAGGGUGUCUCGCUGGAAACUGGCCCCGUCACUGACAAGGUCGUAUUAACUGAUGAAGAUAAAGGGACGUUGCUGACACCAGUAAGACUAUCGGCUUCGGUUGUACCAGAGUUGCCAAUGGUCCCUGCUGUACCAAUGAUAUUGUGAGCUUUCACAACCUGUUAGAUCUAAGUCAACAUAAGCCUUCUUAUGAACCCGAAUAAAAGUAUUGUGUUUUCUAAAAAUUUAGUAAUAAAAUGCCUUUUCCAAUAAAAAAUUACAUUUUCCUUUAAAG